UUCUAGCUUGGUCCUCUCAACGCGCACUCUCUCCUCCACUUCUCGCAACCAACAAAAAAAGCUUCCUUUUUUGAUCCAUGGAGAACAAGCCCACGUCGCACGCUGCUCAUGCCGUCAACCUCGACCUGCGCCUGGAGAUCUCUCCCCGCCGCCGGCCCGCUCUCGCCGCCGCUCCCGGCGUCGACCACCUGGGGGAGGCCUUCGCCUGCAACUACUGCCACCGCAGGUUCCACAGCUCGCAGGCGCUGGGCGGCCACCAGAACGCGCACAAGCUCGAGCGCACGCUCGCCAAGCGCAGCCGGGACAUCGUCGCCGCCCCGCCGUCCCCGCCGCCGGCCGUCAGCGGGGGCGAGUUCUGGCCCUCGUACCGCGCAGCGCGAUCGGCGAGGGAGCACGCGGCGGCGCUGCCGGGCGUCGUGGGCUGGGGCGCUGGCACGGCGGCUGACGGCGGCUGCGGCCUCCACGGCCGGAACGGGGAGGAGAUCGACUUGUCGCUCAAGCUCUGAUCGAUACAUAUGCUUGUAUGAUUAGUUCUUGCAUCUAAUUGCUCUCCGGUGCAAGUCUUAGCUAAUUCGUAGCCUCUUUAAAUUGAUCAGGUGUUUUAAGCUUUAAACUAGCUACUACAGCUGGUAUAUAUAGCUCAUGCAAUAACUAAUCCUGCAUCUACAUGUAUAGGCCUCUCCAUGCAUGGUCUCAUUUAUCUAUCUAUCUAUAUAUGUCAUGGACGUGCAUCAUAAUAUUUAGCAUGCUGAAAAUUGUACACAUAUGUUGACGAGCUUAACAUGUGCUCGCCACCUAGCUAUAUCUAUAGUUCU